UAUGCAUAUGUGUGAAAGUGUGUAUAUUGUGUGUGAUGUGUAUAUGUGUAUAUGUAUAUAUGUAUGAUAGUGUGUGUGUGUGUGUGUGUAUGAUUGUGUGUAUGUGUAAUUGUGUGUGUGUGUGUGUGUGUGUGUGUGUGUUUUAGUUUUAGUGGAGCUGCUGGACUCCUCCCCGUUCAGCCCAAUCACUCAGUCUCUCUCUCCGCAGAGCUUCAUUAGGGUGUCCGCUCCGGCCGCUGGGGGAACACCGCACGGGACGACGAGGAAAAAAGCACAACAGUGGUGUUUCUGACCGGUUAGACUCGCUGUAAAUCGGUCCGCGGCGGGAGAAAAGUCCCGUACGGCGGGGAGAGAGCGGGGUAUCCGGAGCGAGGCUCGGCCGGGCUGGAUUUUCCCCGCGGAUGAAAGGUGCUCGCUCGUCCGGAGGAAACACAGAAUGCACCGAUUCUGAAACAAAGGGGGUCUGGAGCGUCGUGGUCUGUUCAGAGGAGAGACUCGGGUUCAGAGACUGAGGGCCCCCUCUGGAUGGGAAAGAUGGAGCCAGAGGGACAGUGGUGGAAAAGCCAGCUUGCGUCAGACAUCCAUCAGGCUCUAAGAAUUAAGGAGCUGAAGUUGCCCACAUACCAUGGGCACUCACCCCAAAUUGGAAUGCGACGCUACUUUGCCGACCUCUUAGCCGUCCUCAGUAAUCGCUACCAGUUGUGCCCCACAGCUCGACACCUGGCUGUCUACCUGCUCGACCUCUUCAUGGACCACUACGAUGUAGCAGUGAGACAGCUGUACGUUAUAGCCCUGUCCUGCCUGCUCCUAGCCAGUAAAUUUGAGGAGAAGGAGGACCGUGUACCCAAGCUGGAGCAGCUGAACACUCUGGGCUUCAUGUGCAGUUUAAACCUGGCCCUCAACAAGCGCGACCUCAUCAAAAUGGAGCUGCUGCUGCUGGAGACGUUCGGCUGGAACCUGUGCAUGCCCACGCCUGCUCAUUUCAUCGACUAUUACCUCCAUGCGGCCGUGCAGGAAGGUGACCUGCAUAACGGCUGGCCCCUGACCUCGCUGUCCAAGACCAAAGCUUUUAUGGACAAAUACACACACUACUUCCUGGAGGUCUCCCUGCAAGACCAUGCCUUCCUGAGCUUUAGACCCUCUCAGGUGGCAGCAGCCUGCAUCGCUGCCUCUCGCAUCUGCCUGCAGAUCUCUCCCAGCUGGACCACAGUCCUCCACCUGCUCACAGGCUAUUCCUGGGACCACCUGACCCAGUGCAUCCAGCUCAUGCUGCUUGCGCACGACAAUGACGUAAAGGAAGCCAACAAGUCCAAAUCGUCCCCCUCACCUGGACAGGUGAGUCUGCAGGCGCAGGCCCACGCCUCCCCCAGCCCAGCCACCUCGUCCUUGCAGAGGCAGCCCACCUCCAGCUCCCAGCAGCUGCUGCUCCAGGCAGGCGGUUACCCUCAGCUCUCGCAGCACUCCCCCGCGCUGUCGCAGCUGCACAUGCUGGCAGAGUGCCAGGCGCUGGCCCCCGUAGGCUCGCGGGACUACCUCCAGCCGCAUCAGGCCGGCCUGCUCUCGGCUGCGCUGCCGACCGGUUCCUUCCCUUCUUUCCCCAGCCUGGCGUCCGGCCUGUGUGGCCUUCCUCUGCAGGGCCCGCUCUCCAUGCAGGUGGGCAUGGGGGCAGAGCCUCGUCACUGCGUGGGUCUAGCCUACGGCAACGGCUACCUGGGCUCCCACCACUCGUUCACGGCUGGCUGCUUCGACAGGUGACGCCAGGAGAGGGAGGACAGACUGAACUCGACUCGUCCUCUGUCCUCCGCCCUCUCCUCUGCCUCCUCAUCUUCCUCCACCGCCCCCACCACAGGCCUCGAGGCGCUCCGCCUCAGCCAGAGGCGCAGACUUUCCAAACAGAAAAGCCGCAGCCGAGCGGACCCCACAGAGGUCAUAGUAUUAACUUGAAACCGGCUUUUGUGCGGACUCUUUAAUUUUAUUUUCAGCGUGCAGGUGCCUAUUUCUCCAGACAUUUCAGAAAAAGCCUUUCUUCGGAACGGACUAAAAGACUAACUGUACUAACUGACUUUAAAACGAAGGCAUUAUGAAUUUCUGCACGACCCACACAGAGAAGAGGAUGUGUGUGUGUGUGUGUGUGGGGAGGGGAGAAUAUACCAGCACCCGAUACUUGACUAUUAGACACUCAAAAAUGUCCCACUGGAGCAUUUUAUUUCCAUACAAAGCCUUAAGAAGAGAAACAGUGGAGAUCCAGAUUACUUGGAAAAGUCCUUGAAAUUUCACACUGGAUUUACUGUGUCGUCCUUUGAUGCUGCUGCCUUAAAAAAUGAAAUGAAAUGAUGGCUUUAUGACCAAGAAACCUGUCUCCCUUUAUGGUAUCGUUUACAGUGACAAACUGCAUAUCAGGGAUGCACUGACUACUUGAAAGGGGAGUGAAAAAAAAAAAUAAGAGAAACCAUGCCAUUGAAACAG